AUGCGUUUGGAGGAUAGCCCGAUGCUCUCACAGUUUAUCGUACACAAAGAGUACCGUGCGUACCACCGACUUUCACUUUAUAGUUUACUCUCGGAAUCGUUGACAGAUGGUUAUCACGAGUACGGCCAGUCCUAUGUGUACGUAUUCACGCACUUUAAGCUGAGCGAGCUGCAGUAUCUCGCAGACAGCUUACCGGGCACUUUAUAUUUUACUGUGACCACCAUGAAAAUGAUAAUAGUUUGGAAAUAUCAUCGCCUGGUUCGCGAGAUAUUGGCCGCUAUGGAUACUGAUUGGCGGGAGUGUGUUAACGUCGAUGAUCAUUUGCACUUAAUGAGGACGAGAGCUAGCUUCUCGAGUUUUUGCACAAAAGCUUUGUUUGGUUACAACACGCUCUCCGGUGGAUUAUAUUUCGGCGGCAAUAACUUGAAUGCUCUCUUUGAUCUGGUGGAAAUCGGCAAUGGUACUUCACGACCGCUCCCUGUGAGUGUAGUAUUACCUUUUGAAGCUGACCAGUCGCCGAUCUAUGAGCUACUUGUCGCUGUCUUGUUUCUACAUUCGAUGACGAUCGUGUAUAUGGUGAACUUUCUGUCCACGUUUUUGCUCACUCUGUUGAAAAGUAUCUCUAACGAAAUGCCUCAUUAUGAGUCCGUUGCUUAUAGAACAAAAAUACUGGUCGAGAAGCAUAAUAAAGUAAUUUCAUUUUCUGAGAAUCUUGAUAAACUUUUAUCCUUCAUGGCUUUAAUGCAAAUUUUUUGGAAUACUUUAGUCUUCUGUUUUCUAGGACUGCACAUUGUUGUGUCUAUUCAUAACGCUGCUGGUGUCAUCCUAGUGAAAGCCAUAAUUGCUUACUUCGGCAUAAUGAUGGAGAUUUUUAUCUUCUGCUUUGCAGGAGAAUACCUUACUCAUAAGAGUAGAUCACUCGGCGAUGCAGGAUACGAAUCUUUAUGGUAUAACAUGUCACCUAGUCUCAGUAAAAAUAUAUUAUUUUUUAUCAUGAGGUCUCAGAAACAACUCACUCUCACAGCGGGAGGAAUGACAAUUUUAUCGUUAGAAGCCUUCACAAGCAUCAUGAAAGCGUCGGCAUCAUAUAUAUCUGUAUUGAAUGCAAUGUAUUGA